AUGUCGAAUAACAUUCAACAUGAGGCUGUGUAUCCACCGGCGGUGCAUCAUUUGAGGAGGAUGGCUUAUCCGAGUCCGACCAGAAAUGCAGCUAAAGGCUCCUACGAAUUGUACGAACCCCAGCAGAAAACCCAGGAGUCUCCUGAGUUGAAGAAGUUGAAUGCUUCUGUGGAAACUGCACCUGGGAGCCCAGGUUCCUACCAGGAUUACAGUAAGGUUGUUGAGAAACUGCAAAAAGAGUUAGAGGAAAGCAAGAAGAAAGAGACAAUGCUGCAACAGAUGUUGUCAGAUUUGAAAAACCCUCUUAGCAGCAGUGUCCCUAGCCUCUUUGAUAAUUCCUACUUUGAUGGGUCUCCAGCAAAUGAGAGCAUGGGGGAGCAUGUCAAGGAUGCUCACAUCAAGCACCUGCAAAGGCAGGUCACAGUCUUGCAGGCAUCCCUGUAUAAAUCUGAAGGAUGGGCCAGUAGAGUUGCUUCUGCAGUGAAAGAGAGAGACAAGGCUCUAGAUGAUGUUGCACGUCUAACAAGUGAGCUGCGAGAGAUUCAGGAAAACAACUGCCAGCUUCUGCGCAAGAUUGAGUCCCUGAAUACAGCUCUCCAGGAGGCACACAGAAACUUGCAGGCGAUGCAGGAACAGCUGCAGAGUCAGAACUACAGCGCCCAGCUAGUGGCACAGCUGAAGGAAGAAAUUGUCAAGCAGAAGACAGAGAUCAACACUCUGAAGGAGUCUGUCGAUCGACUGGACCUGGAAAAUAAAACUAUGAAAGAUCCCUCCAUUGAAUCCGGUAGUCAGUCUCUUGGAAAUAUAGCCUGUAGCCAGGAACUGGAACAUUUGCAUAAAGUUGUGGACAGGCUGAAAAGCACGGUGCUACAACAGCGAACGUAUCUUCUCCAGCUAAGGCAACCAAACAACACAAAAUCAAUGUCCAUGUCUUCUCCAGCUGUGAAUACUGACGGCGCCUUGGAACACGAUCCUGUAGCAGCAAGAAAGUCUUCCAGCCCCAGGUUGCGAGGCAGCGGUUUAUUCAGCGGCGAAUCAGCUUUUGUUGCUCUUCCUCAGAGGUCUUCUCUUGCACAUUCUAACCAGCCUAUUGGUUUCAAGUCUGGAAGUCCCAGGGAAACUGUUUUUGAAACGCAGUCACUCAAUGGCAGUGAUUUUCUCAAGGAGGGUAUAGCCCGAAGGAAAUCAAACUCUCGGGAGAUGCUCAGUGAAACAUAUAACAUGGAUGUUCUCAAUUUACCCUGCCCUCUGCCAACUCCUGCCGCCGGAUUAUUAGAGCCAAAUAGGCAGGUGGCAGGUGUGAAUAACAGAAAUGGAUAUUUUAGUACAGAUAAACGACAUAGCCCGCCAGGAUUUUUGAAAGAGCAAAAUGUUGGAGAUGGGAGUCCGCUGAAUGGAGGAAAUAUAGGAUUAACAGCUUCAGGUGUGUAUGAAGCUGCAAAGACAGCACAGCAAAAAAUGUUUCAGCAGAAACAGUCACAGUCUGAAGUUGUGGGCAACCGCAAUACACAUGAAGGGCUCGGUCAAGAUAAAAGCAAUAGUAAAUCUGACAAUCUUGGUUGGCAAAUGAGACAGUGGAAUUUGACUUCGGCAAACAACAGUGCCAUGCUUGGUGGGAAAGGUUCGAGUGAGUUCAUGACAUUUAAUCAGUCAGAACCAGAGCCGGGGUUGAUGCUGAAUCAGGCUCAGAGGUAUCAGUCCCCAAGGUUGACCAUGCAGGAGACACAAGGAAGAAUGAAUGAGGCGAACAUGAAACCUGCAGAGACUCAUGGGCAGUAUAUGUUGAAUGGAAAUGCUGUUCAGGUGAUGAUUGAUAAUAGUGACGCAGCGAACUACAGCAAUAUGAAUGUGAAUUCUGCAAAAACUCACCUUCAGCAGAUCUAUAAGUUAUCUUCAGCUUAUCAAGAAGGCCAAGAACGUACACAACAGAUUGUUGAUGGAGGCAAGAUAGCAAUGCCUCCUCCACCUCUGGCUCACAAUGCGACUUUCCAGGCAACUGGAGCAAAUCAGGAGGUUGUGUAUGUUAACGCUUCUGGAAAUCAAGGCAUGUUCUCAUCGACUUCCUCAUCCGUUGACCCCGAUCCAUCAGCCUCUAGAUUGAACUCUGACAAACUCUGCCCUGUGUGCAACAACGAUUACAGCCAGGUGAGCAUGGAGGAGUUCCAGACGCACGUCUUUGAGUGCUUUGAUGACGAGAACCCGCCAGAAACGAUGAAGGCGCAUCCGUCGUCACCAGAAAGGCUGUGUCCCAUGUGUAGUGCCAGCUUCAGCUUUGACCUGCCUCAGGCAGAGUUUGAGAGACAUGUUCAUGGUCACUUUGGUGAAGAGAACCCAGGAGAACCUUUUGAAAUAUUACAUCCAUAA